CCCCAGUCUUCGACACUGACACCUUCGCGCUGUGGACGUCGCGACCUGUAGCGUCAAGAGAAAGCCUCAGGUCUUAAACCUCUAUCAGGAACCUGGGAAAGGCAGCGUCGGGGGCCAACGCAGAGCGCUUUCUUCUCGUCCCGCCUGCAGAGCUGAGCCCAGCCCAGGUCCUGGGCCCGCGUGGUGCCGACCCUUCCCUCACUGCGUUCUCGCUCCCGGCGCCACAGACUGGACCCCGAUGCCGGGCGUUUCCGCCCGGGGCCUGUCUCUCGAGGAGAGGAGGCAGCUAGCUGUGAAUCUCACCCGUGUCCUGUCGCUGUACCGUUCCAUCCUGGACGCCUACAUCAUCGAAUUUUUCACAGACAACCUGUGGGGUACACUCCCUUGCUCAUGGCAGGAAGCAUUGGAUGGACUGAACCCACCACAGCUGGCCACACUGCUGCUGGGGAUGCCUGGGGAAGGGGAAGUGGUCAGAUACAGGUCGGUGUGGCCACUCACCCUGCUGGCCCUGAAGUCCACAGCCUAUGCCCUAGCCUUUACCCGGACGCCUGGGUUUCAGACCCCCUCAGAGUUUCCAGAGAACCCCAGCCAGAGCUCCCGACUUCCAGCUCCAUUCCGAAAACAUGUCAGGCCCAAGAAGCAGCAUGAGAUCCGGAGGCUGGGAGAGUUGGUGAAAAAGCUGAGUGACCUCACAGGCUGCACCCAGGUUGUGGAUGUAGGCUCAGGCCAGGGCCAUCUCUCUCGCUUCAUGUCCCUGGGGCUGGGGCUGAAGGUUAAGAGCAUCGAAGGGGAUCAGAGACUGGUGGAGAGAGCCCAGCACCUGGACCAGGAGCUCCUGCAGACUCUGAAAAAAGAGGAGAAGAGGAACCCACAGGUGGUGCACAUUCCCUCUCGCUGCUCUCCACACCAUGUGGUUCGGUGGGUGGACCCUAGGACCCUGUGUGAGGAGCUUCUGCUUCCCCUGGAGAACUCACCUCAGGGUGAGGCCCGCUUGCUGCUGACAGGACUCCAUGCCUGCGGGGACCUGAGUGUCACCAUGCUGAGGCAUUUCUCCUGCUGCCCUGAGGUGGUGGCCCUGGCCUCGGUGGGCUGCUGCUACAUGAAGUUGAGCGACCCUGGCGGCUACCCACUGAGUCAGUGGGUGGCUGCACUGCCUGGCUACGAACUGUCCUACAGGCUGCGGGAGGGGGCCUGCCAUGCCCUGGAGGAAUAUGCUGAGAGGCUACAGAAAGCAGGACCUGGUCUCCGAACACACUGCUACCGGGCAGCACUGGAGAUGGUCAUCCGGCGUGCCCAGCCCGAGCUCCGUCGGCCAGGCGUGCAGGGGAUCCCCAGGGUCCAUGAGCUCAAGAUUGAAGAAUAUGUGCAGAGGGGGCUACAGCGGGUGGGGCUGGAUCCCCAGCUGCCACUGAACCUGGCUGCUCUUCAGGCCCACCAGGCCCAGGAGAACCGUGUGGUAGCCUUCUUCAGCCUGGCCCUGUUGCUGGCCCCACUGGUGGAGACACUGAUUCUAUUGGACCGGCUGCUGUACCUUCAGGAGCAGGGCUUCCAUUCUGAGCUCCUGCCCAUCUUCAGCCCUGAACUCUCUCCCAGAAACCUGGUUCUGGUAGCCACCAAGAGGCCCCUGGGUCAGGCUUUCUCUGUUCUGGAGACUGAGGACAGCUGACGCAGUCUGAG